AUGAGUGCUCCUCUUAGUGAUAUUUGUUCAUCUCCAUUAGAAAGGGCAAUUACUUUGACAUCAUCGAAUCUUGUAUCAUCAUUUUCUAUAUGGGGACUUCCUUCAAAUUUUAAAACUGAUGAAUUUAGUUUUUGGAGGAAGUCAUACACUUAUGACGCCCAAAAACUUUUUUGUUAUCCACCACAAGCUGAUCUUCAAGAACACUUUUCUAAAUUUAUUGCACCACAAGGAGUUACUGCAACACAAACAAAUAAACUUAAUGUUCUUCUUGAAGCACCAAAAAAAUAUUUAUUAAUUCUUCCAGGAGAAACAUCAACAUCGUUCUGUGUUUGUAUUGUAAGAAAAGAGUUAUUACAAUUUCCUAGUGAUUUUAUUGAAGAAACAGUUAUUCAAAAAAUAUAUACAAUUGGAGCUAAUCCAAUUGUUGUUGAUAGAAUUUAUUGCUUUGUUAGUGAAUGUCCUCAUAUUAAUGCAUUAUUUUCAAUGUUAGAAGAUAUGGAAAUAUUGGAUUUUCAUUCUAAAAACAAUUAUAUUAAAGCAUUUUAUCUCAGAAAUGGUGGAAAUCCUUCUGAAAAAUAUGUUUCAAAUAAAUCACGAAUGAUUGAUUAUUUAAAUAAAGUUUUAGCAGUUGAAGCACCUGACUUAAAAGAAUAUUCAUUUUCUAUAACAAUUCCACCUGCUCCAACAAGAACAUUUUAUCGUUCUUGUUUAUAUGAUUCUCUUGCACCUGGAGAUAAACAGGCAGCAUGUUGUUUACAAAUGAUUGCAGAUUAUGCAUUACCUCGAUUAUUUGUUGGAGUUCAAAUACCAGUUAUAUUAAGUGCAUUGUCAUCAUUAUUAAGUGGUAAUUCUGUCAUUUUAGUUGGUAAUAAUGCAUCACUUAUUACUAGUUCAGUAUUUGGGUUAUUAGCAUUAUUAUAUCCUUUUAUUUGGCAAGGUGUUUUAAUUCCAUUUGUUCCUGUUCAAUUACAAGAAUUCUUAGAAUCUCCUGUUCCUAGUUUAUAUGGAACUGAAAUCCCGAAAGAUAUUACUCGUGUCAUUGCAGAUGUCAUUCAACUUGAACAAGGAAGUGUAUUUGAUCCUACUCUUGAAAAAAGAAUUAUAAAAACAAAUCCAGUUAUUCGUCAUGCUUUACCAUUUGCUGCUGAAUUAUCUUCUGCACUUGGUAGUUGUGUUCAAGCUACUUUUGCUGAUAUAAUUAAAUUUAAAACUUUUAAUGAAAGAGAACGUGCUCUUGAAAAUAUUCCUCAACAAAAAUUAGUUUCAUUUAGUUCUGAUGUUCAACAAAAGAUUAAACAUCAUUUAUAUGAUAAAUUAUUAAGUUUUGUUCGUAAUUAUUGUAUUUCUAAAGGACCAAUUGAUCUCCCACAAUUCCAACAAGGAUUUCCUCAAAUUAUUAAACAUGAAUCACAUAAACAAUUUAUUAAAGAAUUUAUUGGCAGUCAACAUUUUAAUGUUUGGUGGUAUCGUAAUAAAAUGAAUGAAUUAUGUAAGGUAUCAGUUACUGGUUCUCCUUCUCCUAUUUCUCUUGGUGGUUCUAAAGCAAGUAGUACAUCAAUAUUAUCACCAUGUAGAACUCCAGAUGUUAAAACAAUUGAAGAUUUUAAUGGAGAUUUAAAAAUAGAAUCAUAUGCAAAAGAAUUACCAGCAAUUCCACAAAGUUCAUUAAGAAAGUCAUAUAAUGAAAAAGUAAUAAUCAAAUCAGAAUCUAAAGAAUCUAAACAACAACCAAUUCAGAUUCAUCUGAACCAACAGAAAAACGAAGAAAUUAAUAAACCAACAAUUGAAACUGAUGACAAAGAAGAAAAACAAAUUCCACCAGAAAUAAUUAAAGAUGAAAAAUCCAAUGAAAAUUUAAUUAAUGAAGUAAAAGAAAAUCAAGUAACAAUUGAACCAACAAACCAAGAAAAUAAAAAUGAAUUUGUUGAUCCUUUGAUAUGA